AUGGUGGAAGACGCUGAAGGACUCCUCAAGGAGAUAAACUCUCCGGAUUUUGAUGUAUUUCAAUGUGUCAACUAUUUGCGGCGAUAUUCUGAUGAAAUUGGUGUUCAUUUCUACCUCACCAAGAAGCUUCGCCUGUAUAAAUAUGACGAUUUGGAGUUCUUAAUACCCCAGCUUCUACAGCUAUUCGUUUCAUUUGAGACAAACUCUAUGGCGCUUGAAGAUUUCCUUCUAGAAUACUGCGCCAAGUAUACUCACUUCAGUUUGAUUGUGUUUUGGCAUUUGCAAGCCUACAUCUUCGAGCUUAAAAAUGAGCCAAACUCAUACUCAUUUCAAGUUGUCCGAGGCUUGAUUAAUAAGCUUCAGGACGUUAUCUUCAACCCAUACGAAGCUCUGAUAGUUACACAAUUUCGUGAAAACUUGCAUCCAUCGCUCAUAUUAUGUGGAGCAUUGGCGGCCUCAAUUGGGCUUCCACAGAUUCACGAUUAUACGAAACCACUUCUUGCCGUUCAAGGUAAACAACAAAGAUCAUUUGUUUUCAAACUCGCAAACUUCCAGAAAGUUCUUACCAAAAAUCUAACACUCAAAAAUCAAAAACUCUCAAGUGAGCGCAGAGCAGCUCAAUCUGAUGACGAGGGACGAGAUCCUCGUGUUCAUCAGACAGCAAAGCCCGAACGUCAUUCGGAGUCCUCUGCACGUCAAAAGAAAUAUUCAAACUCUAGUUUUGCAUCCGAUGAUUCCGAAUUAAAUACUAGUGAUGACGAAGCGGAGCAAGCAAAUCAUGGCCAGCUCAGAAGGCACCAUUCAUUCAAUGCCAAGCAUGUGCCUCGUGAUACCGAGAGUGUCGCGCUUCUUAAGUACAUGGAAGAAAAGUUCAGUGUUGAGUCAGUGAUCAAGUCUCCUCGUACUUCGAUGCAAGCUGAGAGCAGACACCCUAUAGCUCACUCCAUGCCAGAUUUAAGCUCGACCAGAGGAGAUAAUGGUGACUUGAGUCUGCCAAGCGAGGAGGUCUUUCCUUUUAGCGAGAGUGGAAAACUUAAAGCCGUGAGGAAACAGGAACUGAAGUCACCUGCAAGCACCGAUCUUGACCCGGUAAAAGCUUUGAAGUCGAAUUAUUCAAAGAAUGUGACCGAGUUCAUUCUUGCUUUACAAAACGUUUCACUAAGACUAUCACAAUUGCCGAAAGAGGCACGAUUAUCUGCCCUUCGGGCCGAGCUUUCGAUCAUCAACGAUACCUUGUUACCCGCUGAGGUGGACAUACCACAACUUCUUCCUUACACAAGUACUAGAAACAAGAAGUAUCACAAGCUUCUCAAACUUAGCGUGAAUGAAGCUUGUGUUCUCAAUUCCGCCGAGCGCGUUCCCUUCUUGAUGUUUGUCGAGUUUUUAAGUGACGAAAUUGAUUUCAAUCCUGACUCGACAUCAAACAGGAUUAUACUCCUGAAACGUUCCAAGUCUGGUCAAAAUACACACUCAUCGAAGAGCACUUCCCUCAUGAGCAGUCAAGAUUUCGAGUCCAUUCGUGAAGCAUCACAAAGUAUGGAGGCUGAUUUGAGUGAACUCAAGUCGACUAGGCCAGAUUAUGAUAUGGAGACGUUGAAAACGGGGGUUUCUCACAUGGACGUUCUCGAAAAAAUUACACACAGAUCAACAAGUCUGGUUGACGUUGCUUCUAAAACAAGGGCGGAUCAAAUGCGAAUUGCUGCUGUUAUGCUUCAGCAGCUCGAGGCAUCUGGUCAAGCUACAACUGAGCAAUCGUCAGCAAUCAAAAAUCGUAUUAUUGAGUCAAUGAUUGCUUUGCAAGACCAAUUUGAAUCCAUUGACUACGAGAAGUUCAACCAUUUGAAAGGUAAUGACCCUGAUGCUGGUGAAAGAAAGCUUGAGAAUGAUUUCAAGUUGGCUGAAGACUGGCACGCUAAAAAACAAAGAAUCAGAAAAUCAAGUAUCUACGGCAAGCUUCCAAAUUGGGACCUCUGUUCUGUCAUUGCAAAAAAUGGGUCUGACCUUCCUCAAGAAGCUUUCGCGUGCCAGCUCAUCACGAUGAUUUCUAACAUCUGGUCGUCAAGGCAGAUCCCAGCUUGGACAAAGCGGAUGAAAAUCCUCAUCACGAGUGCUAACACCGGUUUAGUUGAGACCAUCACAAAUGCUAUCUCGAUUCACUCCAUCAAAAAGUCAUUAACGGAAAUAUCUAUUGCCGCCGGAAGUAACACAAAGGGAAGAAUCUUUACAUUGAAGGACUACUUCGAAAAGCUUUUUGGGGAUUCCAACUCACCAUCUUACAGAAUUGCACAGGAUAAUUUUGCCAGGAGUUUAGCAUCUUACUCAGUCAUUUGUUACGUGUUGCAGAUCAAAGACAGACACAAUGGUAACAUCAUGCUCGACGACGAGGGCCAUAUUAUUCAUAUUGAUUUUGGGUUUCUCUUGUCAAACUCUCCUGGCAGUCUUGGUUUUGAGGCAGCCCCAUUCAAGCUCACGAUGGAGUACGUGGAGUUGUUGGGAGGGCUUGAGAGUGAGGUCUUCAAAAUGUUUAAGGAUUUAUGCAAGGACUGUUUCAGAGCUCUCAGAGAAGAAAGUGACCGUGUCAUCAACAUGGUCGAAAUUAUGCAAAAGGACUCCAAUCUUCCUUGUUUUAACAAUGGCGAUAACACGAGUGUUCUUUUGAAAAAUCGUUUGCAGUUACAGUUGCAGGAUGAUGAAAUUGAUGAUUUCGUGGAGAUCUCGCUCAUUGGAAAGAGUUUGGGCAGCAUGUAUACGAGACUCUACGAUCAAUUUCAGUUGAUUACGCAGGGCAUAUAUAGUUGA